UUGUAGCCGACUGCGAAACAAAACCCCUCUCACAAAUCCCCCAAACCUGUCUAUACCUACAGUUUAAACAACAAAAAAAUUCAUAAAAAACCAGAAAUCCAAUUCAGAAAUUAAUCAUUAGACUACAGUACAAAAAAAAAGAAAAAAAUCUUGUGAUACCAAAAAUUUUUCGGCUAAAAUAAUGUUCCUACGUUCAUCACCAUAUCGCAGUUUGCUAUCGACGAAGUUUUAUAAGAAAAUCAACUUAUUAAGUUAAUUUAAAACGUUUUCGUUUAAAUACAACCAAAAACCAAACGGGCACAUUGACAUUUUUCGUUUAAACAACCGUUAUCAUCAAGGAGUUAAAUAUAUUGACAACCUGCAUCGGGCAACUUGAAACAUCUAUAAAGCGGACUCAAUAGUUUAACUUCUCGUUUUACUACACCUACCUCUCGAUUAUUUGUUUUCUACAUAGGGCAACAAUCCAUCCAAAUAAUAAGUUUUGUGUUUCGCAAUAAACUGGGCAUAUAUUUUAUACAAAACGGGCUAAGUUACAACACGCAUAUAUUCUAUAAAUAUACAACAGAUCAAGUGAACUUUUUUUGGUUACCGGUUAAAUAUAAUUGACUGUUAAUUAAUUUUCGACUGAUUUAAAAACGAAUUUUUAAUUUCAAGAAGACAAAAAGAAACCGUUCGACUUAAUAAACAAAAUCUGUGAUCUAUAUAGACAUAAAAGUAUUAUUUAAACACAUUUUAGGUGUAUCUAAAAAAAAAAACAAAUUUAACAAAUUUAUUUUGAACGAAGAAAAAGAAGAAUCUAAAUCAUAUUUUUCCAAAAUCUCGACUAGAGUGCCUUAUUCGUCGGCCUUAUACCAAAAAAAAAAGUAUUUCCUAUUAGAAAAUUUGUAUAUUAAUAAAAAAUAAAAAAAAAAAACAAAAAAAAACAAGAAGAAGAAGAAACUAAAAUAUACGUUGUGGCUUAUAUAUUUGGAAAAAGUACAAAAUUGUUGAAAAUUCAUACUUUUUAAAAAAUAAAAUAAAAAUUUCCUAAUUGUGACUGUUAAAACUACCUGCCUGCGACUUUAAAUAUACCGGAUCGCGACGUGUUAACACAAUUGUGACUUCUAUCUACAAGAAUCAAGGAUCUAUCUACAAUUAUAGUAACCUACGAAGGGUCAACCAUAACAUCUGCUAGUAAAAAAAAACGAAAGAGCGAGAAAGACAGAAGAUAUUCACCCUUCUAGCUACACACAUAUCUCGGUCGGUCCUGUAUCAAGUAACCGCUGAGAGCAAUCAUUACAAAAAGUAAAACAGUACAAAUAUCAACGACGAUUAGUCAGCCGUUUUAAAACGGCAUUUUUUACCAACAGUUCCACAUAAUCCAUCAACAUUUUCACAACGGAGGAACAGAAUAUACUUAGUAAUCUAAAAGUCGAACAUGAAAACCUUGUAGCGAAGUGGCUACAAAAUUCCUUCAAGAUACAAGAAAACACAGCCCUAGAUCUAAGGGCGACGCCUCUAACACCGCUGCAAAUACCAAUGGCGGAGGUUAAUAAUAGACCAGUCUUUAAGAUGAACAACGACUUUUGGAAUCAAGCGAGAGGCCCACCUCAAAACCUACCGCAAAAUCUAUCUAAUUCCAAUCAAAAUUCACCCGUACCAGGGUCUACAAAUUCAAUACCGGCUCAUUCGCCGAGCCAGCAAAGCAACAGCAGCCAAAUACACGUGAUCACGCCUGGCGCUUUGGCUUUACAACAAGCUAACCAACAGAACAACCAGCAAGCUCAGCAACAAGCAAAUGCGCAGCAACAACAAGCUAAUGCGCAGCAGCAACAACAACAACACAACGUACAACAACAGCAAGCGCAACAACAAGCACAGCAGCAGCAACAACAACAACAAGCGCAACAGCAAGCGCAGCAACAAAACGCGCAACAAAUGAAUCAGCAACAGCAGCAAAUGAAUCCUCAACAGCAACCACCGCAAACGAACGGUCCAAAUCAGCAACAGCAGCAACAGAAUCAACAGUCGCAGCAUUCGCCGCAUCUGGGUAGUCCGAAUUCGCACGCGCAAGCCGCACACGCGCACGCUCUAGCGCAGGUGGCUCAGCAACAGCAGCAAAUGGUCAACAUGCAUCAGCAGCUGAGCAGUGGUCAGGCUUCGCCUGACAAGCUGAUGACGGAGAAAAUAGUGAAUGAACUACAAAUCUUCAUGCACAAGUCUGCUAUGCAGAUGCAUGCCAGAGACCUAGCGGGUAGAAACGAGGUGAAGCCUCAUCAGUGCCAGCAAUGCCUCAAAUCGUUUAGCAGUAAUCACCAGCUAGUGCAGCAUAUCAGAGUUCACACCGGCGAGAAACCAUACAAAUGUUCCUAUUGUGACAGGCGAUUUAAACAGCUGAGUCACGUCCAGCAACACACAAGACUUCAUACGGGAGAGCGUCCUUACAAAUGUCAUCUCCCAGACUGCGGUAGAGCCUUCAUCCAAUUGUCCAAUCUUCAACAGCACCUGAGGAACCACGACGCUCAAGUGGAGAGGGCGAAAAACCGUCCGUUCCAUUGCAACAUCUGCGGGAAAGGGUUCGCGACUGAGUCUAGUCUAAGGACGCAUACAUCCAAAGUAAGCCAUUGUAUUGGUCGUUUGCAGCAACAUGCAGCUCUGAUUGGUGGACCGAACGCUACGUCGUGUCCGCUCUGCCACAAGAUGUUCCUCGGCGGCGAAGCUUUGAUGGAGCACAUGAAGCACACGCAUAAGGAUCCCAACGCUUCGGGGGUAGCAACGAAAAGGAGAACCGCCAAUCAUCCUUGUCCCGUGUGCGGCAAACACUACGUCAACGAAGGCUCGUUGAGAAAGCAUUUAGCUUGUCACCCUGAAACGUCGCAAUUGUCGAGUUCCUUACGAAUGUGGCCAUGUUCUGUAUGUCAAGCCGUUUUUACUCAUGAAUCAGGACUGCUAUCUCAUAUGGAACACAUGAGGAUGGAUCCGAAGCAUCAGUUCGCUGCUCAAUACGUCUUAUCAAGAGCAGCAGCCGAAAGGAGAGAGAGAGAAAGCAUAUUGGCUGCUGUGACGUCUGCCUCCGGUAGUGGUUUAUUAGCUUUGACCGGAAUGGGUCCUGCUAGCGGCAGUCCUAUGUGCGCUUCUCCUAGUGCUCAUAGCGAUAGUUCCUCUGGCAAUGGACGAUUAUCUUCUGCAGGCUCAGAAGGUGGACUGAACAAUAAUAACAACAACUGCAGCACUAAAUUAGGUGAUAUCUUAAGAAGUAACAACGGACUGCAUCAACAGUACAACGUCGAAGACCAACUCCACACGGCGAACAGAAUGGCCGUCCUAGCGAACAUGGUCAACCAAGGUCAAGUACCGCCCGGAUUAGGCUCGGAUUCAUCAGCUGCCGCCAAUAUUACUGCCGCUAACCUCGCCAAUUUAGCAAUGAGACUCGGCGUGACGCAAGCGAACCAAGUGAACAACUCCAGCAAUCCAUCGACGCCUCCUAUUACAAACGAUACGCUGUCGUUGUCGAUGAACGCGAUGAACGCUAUGCGAGCGUCGAUGGACAGCAUUCGAAACAUGGACGUGAUGCGAUCGUCCGUCAUGGAUAUGUCGUCGUCGCAGCAAUCGCAACAGCAACAACAGGAGGCGCUGCGGAUGCAGCACGCCGAAGCGCUGAUACGAUCGCAAGCGGAAACGGCGCUUCGAUUGGCUAUGAGCCAGGCGUUGCCGCAACUCAGCCAGCACCAGCAGGAGAGCAGUCACAGUCCGUUGCGUCAUAACGGAAAUUACCAGGGUCACCAAGGUCAACCCUCGCAGCAAUUAAGUCCGGAUCUAACCGAGGCCUUAAGGCUACAAGAACAAAGGUUAGAGCAAGCCUUAAGGUUGCACGGUAGCGAUCCCAGGACGUUGGGGUUUCCGCUAACCAGCCAACAACAAAAUCAACAACCAUGAAAUUUUAGCUACUACUGAACGCAUAAUACGUAAGAACCAUCAUCCCCAUAAUAUUAGAAAAAAAAAACAAUUCAGAUUUCGUUUCGAUAGAGAAAAAGAAAAAACUUGUAAUAAAAAUAAAACUACACUGAAAAAAAAGAGGCGGAUGGUUGUUUUAAAAAUUUGAGUUAGUUGUAGAGCUAUUUGUUUGUUUUUAAUGGUAAUUUUUAUCAAACGAAGGUGCUUCAUAAUAAACCAUCUGUCUUUUUUUUUUUUCUAUAAAAAAAUAGUACAAAGUUGUUGUGUUUUUUUAGUUUUAAUUUUAGUUUGAACAGGGAAAACAGUAAUUAUAGCGAAAUAUAUAUAUUUUUAAAAAUAAGAUUUUAAAAUAAAUUGAUUUUUGACUGUGGUCAUCACUCUGAAGAAAUUUAAAUAUGACAAAUAUAAAGUUAAAUCAACAAAUAUUAAAUAUCUAACAAAAUUUAAUAUACAUUAAUAUAUUAUUUCUGAUGAAACUUUUAUCAUCCGAAAAUUUUAAUAUUUCUAUUAUUUAGAUCUUUUACUGCAAAAAAACUAUGGAGAAUAUGUUUUUUAAAUUAAAAAAAAAAAUCAAAUAUAUUAAUUAAUCUUGCGUGGAUUUUUAUUAAUUGACUAAUGCGAGAAUAGAAGAUUAACUAAUUAUUAUUGAAAGCAGUCAGCAAACGGAUCCUUGUGGAACACCCCGAAAUUUAAUUAAUUAAAAUUGGGUUAAAGAUAUAGUUUAAUCUGGUAUUGGAUGCAUACUAAAUGGUUCAAUGGAAAAUAUGUUUUAUAUAUAAUAUAGGAAUUAAGACCUCAAUGUUAUACAAAGUUGCCCACAAAAUUCUCCAAAAACUAUAAAUAAAAUUGAGGUACCUUAAACACUAUUAUUUUUUGAUAAAUGUACAAUGUGUAGCGAAAAGUUUUCAACAAGGAAAUAGGAAUAGUUAAGUACUCUAAAUGAUACAAAAAUGUUUUUUUUAUUUAGGUGGCUGUGAUUUCAUAUUCGUAUAUGAAAGAAAAUUUGUAAUAUUCAUGUUGUUUGUGUUCGGUUUUAGGUCACACAUCAACAUUUUUUGAGAAUAAAAUUUUUUGAUUUAAAAUUUUCUGUUGUGCAAACUUUCUGCAAUACACUGUACAUUCAAAUGAAUAUUUUAAUUUUAUUGAGUACUGCAUUUUUAAUGCCAGAUCAAAUUAUGUAAAAUUUAAAAAAAAACGCAAAAUUAGGUACUGUCGAAUUGUUUAUACUGUGCGGGUAAAAACUAAAUAAUACAGGAUUAUUAUUUACACGCAUCACCCUAUAAAUCCGAAUAUUAAAUAAAAAAUGCGGAAUUUCAAAACAAAAUUGGAGUUUUCCAAAAAAAAUUCCGUCAUUUAUUACUUUUGACUCGCACUGUAUUUUAAAACAAAAACUCUUUACAUAUAAAACAAAUAAUAAUUUGUUGACAUUUACAUUAAAAUAAAUAG